GUUCCAGCAGCUUAUCAUUCAUCCUGACCAAUUAUCUCUCAGCAGCAGCUGAUAGUUUGGUUAUUAUCUUCCCACAGGUAAAGAGGACGCUCAUCUCAGGAUGGUCCUGAUUGGAAAAACUGGAGCUGGAAAGAGUGCAGCAGGAAACACCAUCAUAAAAGAAAAACGUUUUGUAUCCACUGCAUCUGCUGCUUCUGUGACAGCAAAGUGUCAGAAGGAAACAGUCGAGUUUGGAGCUCAAACUCUGGCUGUAGUCGACACUCCAGGUCUGUUUGACACCGUCCAAUCAAAUGAUGAGGUGAAAUUAGAGAUCGCUAAGUGCAUCUCCUUCUCUGCUCCUGGUCCUCAUGUGUUCCUGGUGGUGAUCCAGGCAGGAAGAUUCACUGAAGAAGAACAGCAAACAGUGAGACUCAUCCAGGAGCUGUUUGGAGAGAAGUCAUCAGAAUACACCAUGGCCCUGUUCACCCGUGGAGACGAUCUGGAGGAAGACAGAAAGUCCAUAGAAGACAUAAUAGAAGGAAACACAGCUCUGAAGAACUUCAUCAGUCAGUGUCGGGGAGGAUAUCAUCUUUUUAACAACAGAGCCAAGGAUCAAUCUCAGGUCAAAGAGCUGCUGAAGAAGAUCAACACCCUGGUUCAGAGGAACGGAGGAAGAUGCUUCACCAACGACAUGCUGCAGGAAGCUGAGAAAGCCAUAAAAGAGAAGCAAGAAGAGCUGAUGAAAGAAAAUCCACACAUGACGGCUAAAGAUGCAAGAAAAGAGGCUGAAGGAGAAAACUCUUUCAUUAAAACUGUUGGUUUGGGGGCUGCAAUUGGAGCUCUUGCAGGUCCAGCUGGAGCUGCUGCUGGAGCUCUUGUUGGAACUGCUGUGGCAGGUAUACAGAAAUUAGUGAAAGGGAAGAAAUGUGUCAUCCAGUGA